GAUAAUUUGCGCUAAAAUCCUAAAACUACAUAUUUGUAGAUGGUACCGUAACAUGCCCAACGUACUGGACGAGGUGUCACGGACUUGGCGAACAAUUAUGGCAUAGUGCGCAACGCGCACGGAUACAGCUGGCGAAGGUUUACUUAAGUCGCAAAACGCCAUCAAGCGUCAGUCGUGAGUGAGCCGUUGUUGGUGUGUGCGUGGUUUCUCUCCCUCGGAUUAUGUGUUGGAUACUCGCCGCAAUUUGGGAUUAGACGUGCUUGUGGAUUACUGACAACAAUUUUCCUGAGUAACUUGAGCUCUCUCACGACUCUCCGUCAUGUUGUCUACGUCGCCGCCAAAGUUGGGCGGCUCCUGUGUUCGGACAGUGCUUGACGCUAUCGACGUUGACCCGCUGUUUCUUGUCUCCGAAUCCGCCGCCCUGGAAUUCAUGGAGGAGUUCGGCAUCAUCCCGUCACCUAACAAUGAUAUCUGGAAGAAGUUUGAGCUGUUGCCCACACCUCCGCGGUCCCCCGACCGCUCGGAGAAGACUUGCUGCGAUGACAUCUUCGAAGACUCUGUCGUCGUGGACGACGUUGAGGCUCUCCGUGACAUCACGUUUGAGCAUGACAACCUCAUCGAAGAUCUCCUCCGUGAAGACUUCGACUUCCCGUCGGGCGACGAAAUGUUCGACUCGACGUGGUGUCCAGAAGUGUCGGACUUGUCGUCUCGUAACGAAUUGCUCCAUGACUGUAUGUGGUCCGGUAAAUGCUCGGAAGACUGCAAGCAACAAGCCGCUCGCGAGCGACUUCAAGUGCAGGAACUUCGUCUCACACCGUCCCCCGUCGAGGCACCGACGACUCCGACUCCCGAGGCUGCGUCAACGUCUUUGUCAUCGCCCGUCGUGCUUCCGGACGUUAUGGCAACGACUGUGUUGGACGAGGAAGAAGUUGUGGAGACGCAGUGUGUGGACCCUAGUUCCGUUUUAGCGUACACGCCGUUGAGUGACCACUGUUACUACCAAGCUGGCGACGCGAGCACCAACCCAUCUCCCCCUACGCCGAAGCAGGUACCCGUGCAGGUGCUCAUUAGAAGUCGAGGAGUGUGGAAACGGGAGUACGUCGUGUCGGAUACACCGUCGGAGUCUGAUGACGACGACGAUGACGAGGAGGAAGAUGAAGAGAUCGACGUGGUGACGGUGGCCGGAGAACGCCAGCAGCAGCAGCACUACGCUCAGCCGAGGACGAUUCGAACACCUCUCCGCGGAUCACGGCCUCGUGCUCCGUCCCCCUCACCCCGGAUGACCUCUAGCGGUCGCGUGAUCAACCCGACGACAAAGCGUGAAAAUGUCCAGCCCACGGUGCGUCGGAAACGAAUGGUGACUGUCGGCAGCAAGAGACGUCGGGCGAGACACGUCGUAGUGCCUCCUCCCAAGAAGGCGAGGCGCGUCGAAGUGGUCCCGGAGACGCCGCGACCUCGCCUCGUCCCCAUAGGAAUGAGCUCUCGGUCCAGCUCGGACUCCGAGGACUUUGAACGCAGACGGGAACACAACAGCAUGGAGCGCAAGCGCAGAGACGAUCUCCGCUCGGCGUUUCAGCAGCUGAGAGCCAUCGUCCCAGAGCUGCAGGAGAACUCCAAGGCCCCUAAGGUAGCUAUCCUCUCGCAAGCUGCCGCUCACGCGCGGCAGCUCACGGCGCAGCACGGACAGAUCGAAAGAACUCUCAGACACGAGCUGCAGCGGCAGCGUAUGCUUCAGAAGAGGCUGGCAGAGGUGAAACGUCAGCUUCGUGUUAGGUCGUAGUUCCUCGGUCGGAGUGUGGUUCCAGUGGUGAUCUAGGUAUUCGUGUAAUGAAUGCCCCCGAAUUUUAAUAAGGGGGUGAACUGCAAAACAUGUUGGACUCUUUUGCCAUGAGUGGAUAGGAUUGUCUAACUUGAGCUAGUCUUGCUUUGUUCUGGAGAUAGUUUUCUCCCCGUUUUUUGUUCUGUAAACUAAAGCUACCUUGUCACAGUUGAUUUUAAGUGUUCCAAUUGGAGGCUGCAUGAGCCCCUUUGCUGUAAUGCAUUGUGUGCUCACAUACAGCGUUUGACCACUUGUGAUUUGUGUUGUAGGUGUCCCUUCCUGCACAAACUAUUACAUAAGGAUAGCCUGUCAUAAUGCAUUAUGUAUGAUAAGCAUAUUGCUCUUGUACCUUGUAACACGUCUGGUAGUGUUGACAGCUUGUAACCAUUUUCGGGGGCUUGCCAUUGGUAUAUAAUAUACGCAUACACAUAUGAAAGGGAUAUCUAUCACAAUGGUUGCCAACUGUUAUUUAUUCUUUUUUCUGAAUUGGGGGAAUUUUGGAUAACCCUUUUGGGGCUUGUCCUUUCUGCUUAUUUUAGCUUGCAGCACAGUAUUGUUAUUCGAGCUUCGAGACGGGGGAAUGCAAAAGCUGGGCUUGUUCUUGUACGCCUAUUACGGAAUGAUAUGAGAGAGUGCGGAAUCUUUGUUGUACAUAGUAGGGGUGUUGUCUUUGCCUUUCCUCCUCCUCCACUGGUGUCCUGUGUCCCUGGCCCUGCCAUGUACAAAUGGCAAGUGCCAACAUACUGGGCUUGGAGACAGAAAAGCCAUGCAGGUCAGGCGGCAUGCAGGGCCAUGCAUUACACCGGGAGUGCCAACACUUUUGCAAAAAAGCUACAGACUGGAUGACACCUGCAAGCCGCUGGGCACCUUGCAAUUGAGACUGGGUGGGCAGACGGUUACGGACCACCAUGGACCUGUCUGUCCCCCUCUGACUCAUACAUUGUAGGCCGUGCUGUUGUGCGUUGUCCCCCAUUCGUUAUCGUAAAAAAAAGUUAGUCUCACGUAGCAGCUGAUGUUCCCUGCAGAUUUAGUGUUGUCCUGGGAACACUCUGUUGUCUGAGCUCCUUCAAAUUUGUUGCAGAAGGACACAUUGCCUUUGUCUUAACCUGUGUUAACGUGUGUUUCAAAGGUUCGCAUUGGGAGUUUUUUUUUUUUUCCCUCACCUGUCUGCCGUAGCUUUUUCCUCAGGGAAAGAUUUCUUUGUUGUUGGAGUUCCUAAGCUACCUGAUGGCAUGUGUGUGUUUGUGUGUGUCUGCAUUUCAGUGGGCUUGUCACUGUAUAUUACCCAUGGCAUUUUUGUGUGCUGCUUUUUUUUUCUCUUAUUCAAAGGGCCUUCUUGUUUGCACAGUUUGUAUAGAAAGUUUACACACAUGUGUUGUAGGGCACAUUUCUUUUGUUUUGCUCAAAGUUUCUGAGCUCAAGGUUUCAGUUUGGUCUGUGAUGUGUGCUUGGAUGAAGCAUGGAAUAGCGGAACUUUGUUUUAAGGGUUGCUUGAGCAUUCAAGUGCUGUAGAUUUGAAGAGGAACUUGUUAGUGUGUAUAUAUGUGUCUGUACAGCAUUGUGAGGUCUGAUUUGAAUUCCUCUCUCCAUCCAGCAUAUGUCCCUGAACUUCCCUCACAUGUCAUUGGUCUUGAAGUACAUUAUACAUGGUCUUCCUCGAAGAUUUAGGUGGAAGGCUGUUUCUUUUCGAAGAGCUCUAUCCUAAUGCUGUGCCUUAGUAAAAUUAGUCUAUAUAAGAAAAGUUCAUCUGCAUAUACAUAUAAACACAUUAUAUAUAUUCUCUUCCCACAUGUGUAAUUUACUCCAUGCUGAUCAUCAUCAUAGCAUAAUAGAGCUUUAAUACUGAAUUUAGAUAAGAGAUUGUAUAAAAAUGAUUUAGGACUUUUCUUACAUUGGUGUGUCAAGUGUUGCACUCAAAUAGUUGGAUGAUAAGCAUGCAGUUGUGCACAAUGAAUUUGUACUUGAUGGUAAAACAGAAAAAAAUGCAGUUAAACAGUUGCAAUUAAAGCUUUUUGUUCAGUCCUGAA